UGUGCCUUGUGAAACGUGUACCGUCGACGUGUUGUGAUUUCAUGUGCGUGCUCACGUCUGCUUUUACCUAAAAUUAACUCAACUCCCAAUCUAGCUUUUCGCUAAUGAAUUCAAAUGAAACACACAUUUCAUAAUUAAUGUGGAUUAUCAUGUGUUUAUAUUAAAUUAGUAUUUUUUGGUUCAAAAGUGUUUCUGUUAAAAUGUUCAAAACUGACAAUUCCAAUAGAGGAUAUUUUUUCCUGAUCUUACUCGUGGUUGUAGUACAUUUUCUAGAAGCGUCUGCCAUAAAUGACAGGGGGGAAUCAAUGGUGACGUCAUCGCACACGAUCCAGAGAUGGGGGUCGGUGCGUCUGGCAGAAAAUCUGCAGAAGUACAUCGAGCAUGAAACGUUAAGGUUAAAGGUUAUAACUAAUUUCAGUGCACACGAAGAGGAAAUUCCAUUUGUAGAGCAGCGUCUCAAAGAAUUUAAAAUAAUUCACGAGGAGCUGUUAAAAAAUACAUCGAACACUGCAUUUCACAAUAGUUUUAAAAAGAACCACCCAACAACUGUUUUUGCAGCCAUUCGAAAUUUUUUGGCUGCAUUUGAAGAAAAACUGGCCAACCAAACUAAAUAUGGAAAACGUUUGAGAGAAUUUUUGGAAGCCAACGACGUGAAGCCGUUACCCACUCGUUUAGAUUUAGAGCGAACCAGUACCGCCAUUACAGUGAUACAGGCGACCUACAACAUUUCGAUGUCUGACCUACUUGCGGGGUCAAUCAAGGGCAACCAAGGGGAGCCACUCACACCUUCUGAUUGUUAUGACAUUGGAAAGACAGUCCUGAAGUCCGGCUUGCUGGACACAGCGCAGGAGUGGCUGGGCGUGGCCAUCAGUGGGUUUGACCUGGCCACUGUGGAGAAGGCCCAGCUGACCUUUAACCUGAGCGACGCCCUGAUAUCAUUGGCUAAGAUUUAUUAUCGUAGAAAAGAAAAUGAUAAAGCACUUCCACUUUUUGAGAAAGCUGCUGAAUUAGACCCUGAGAAUCCAGUAGCCCACCAGGAGUUUGUCCGGCACAGAUUCGGCCGCAAUGUUGAGCUGGUAGCUGAUCUCAACAGGGACAAGGUGGAACCUUGGAGGAAAAAAUAUUUUGACAUGUGCCAAAACUCUACUAAUAUCACCUGGCUUCAAGAACAGAGGUUGACAAAAUCACAAAAAUCCAACCUCAAGUGCAGACUCAGAAGAUCUUCCAGCUGUCCAUUUCUGUUUUACAAGGAAGAAAUUUUAAGCAACUCGCCUUUUAUCUCUCUGAUUUUAAACUUCGUUGCUGACCUGGAGAUCAAGGAACUUAAGAACCUGACACUGGACCAGCUUACCAGUGAACCUCUACCAGGGAAUGAAGUUGGUGUAAUGUGGCAUUUCAAAGGUUCAACUUUUAAGGAUGUUACUGGGGAUGUGAUUGCUCAGAUUUCUCAGAGAGUGGGGGAUGUGGCGUCAAUGAAAGUUUUCCAGAGUACAACCAAUACCUACUCGCUUGGCGAACCACUUAAUGUGAUUGACUAUGGUAUAGGAGGCUUGAACCUGCCUCAUGCUGAACUAAAUCAGAAGUAUAACGUCAGGUACAUGAGCAUCAUCAACGGUGCACGCGCAGCCACUGUUCAGGUGUUUUUGAGUGACACAGUCCUGGGUGGUGCCACAGUAUUUAUCCACCAAAACAUAACAAUCGUACCUCAAAAGGGCCUGGCAGUGUUCUGGCACAAUUACCAGCCAAACGGCCUACCUGAGCCAUACCUGUUACCUGCUACCUGUCCUUUAGCUGUGGGAGAGAACAUUGUGAUUGAGAAAGGGAUGUGGCGUCUAGGUCUUGACGAACAAUUCAAGUGUGGGAGAAAGCGAAAGUCAUCACACACCACAUUGGAAGUUGGAUGGAGGAUGCCUUCCUAGAUUUUAUGUCUGGUUUUAAAAGUCGUUUUAUUUUAAGUGUGGAGUUUACAUGCUUUAUAUUCAAUGAUUAGAUUGUGUUUUUAAUUAUCCUAAUAUUAGCCUAAUUUUAAUACUUUAAACUGCUGCUAAUCGGAAAAUACGUCAGAAACUUGGAUUGGAAUUUUUUUUUUCACUUUUUAAAACUUUAUAAUGGAUUUUAAAAAAUGAAACUUUUUUUUUAAUUAUUAAAAUAUAAGGAUACAUAACAUGUAUUGGAGUAAUAGAAAAAAAAACAUUUGAAUGGAUGGUUGCAAUCGGCAGUAUGGCAGUGAAAGGAAUACAAUAGGAAUAACAUUUAGUAGCACAAAAGAUAGAAGAGAGAAGAAAAAUUACUAACAAUCUUAACGGAGUUUGUGUUAUUGAAUGUUCGUAAUUCUGUGAAACUUAUGUGCAAUCGUUUGAAUUGAGAAAAUGAUUUAUUUAUGUAUGGUGUCUCUCAAUGUAUACAAAAAUGUUUUACAUUAUUGUCUGUUUUGUUUUUUCUGUAUUAAAA